UCUCAGUGCUUCUUCUUAGCCACUACAAGCUCAUCUGUCGUCGGCAGCCGCCACCCAGCAUAUUUUUCAGGGAAAAAAAUUAUUUCCAUGAAUCCCUUGACAUUGGUAAAGCGCAUUCAGAAUAUCAACAAAAAAGAAGCAAAUCUAGGAAUAUCCGAAGAGGCAUCAUGGCAUGCUAAAUAUAAAGACUCGGCUUAUGUUUAUGUUGGUGGCAUCCCAUUUGACCUGACGGAAGGCGAUCUCCUUGCCGUUUUUGCUCAGUAUGGUGAGAUCGUUGAUGUUAAUUUAGUCAGAGACAAAGCUACAGGAAAAUCCAAAGGGUUUGCUUUUCUUGCUUAUGAGGAUCAAAGAAGUACAAAUCUAGCUGUAGACAAUUUAAAUGGUGCUCAGAUUCUGGGCCGAAUAGUUAGGGUGGAUCAUGUAAACAAAUACAAAAAACUAGAGGAGGAGGAUGAGGAAACUAAGCAGCGGAAGAGGGAGGAAAGAGGUGUCUGCCGUGCUUUUCAAAGAGGAGAAUGUAAUCGUGGAGACAGCUGCAAAUUUUCUCAUGAUGAGCAAAGAGCUGCUAAUACGGGCUGGGGAGCCGAGGAAGACAGACGUCCAAGGUGGGUGCAGAUGCAUUUGUGUGGUAAAUUUGAUAAGCUGAGCAUUGCUCACUGUACAGUGACUUGCAACUGUUAA